AUGAGCCAGUAUAAAGAGAUCAAAAUCAUCAUGUCCUCCGGACCUUGCAUCACAGACACCACCGCCACCACCAAGAACAACAGAAAGAUUUCAUGUCACGACUGCCUCUUUGGCCCUCUGAGGUCAUGGGCAAAGGCCAAAUUUGGAAAGAAGCCUACAUACGUUGAGCUGCAUGACGACUUUGAGCCUUUACUCGAUGAGAAGAGAGCUCCUAGGCCAACCUAUGAAGUUCCCAAGAUCAUGCGCAUUGCUACACCACGAACGAUUAAACGAUACAACCGUCUGCCUUGA